AGUGAUGUGGUGCAGAAGCUGGGCUUCUGUCACAGCAUCCACAUGUUGAACCGGGUUGUGUCCUGGGUGGAGAUGAUAGAGGCUCGCUCCUGCCCUGCUGUGCAUGUGACAGACUCCAUGCUUGGAGGCGUGCCCACCCGCAUUUUUCAACCAAAGGCGGGGAGAAAGCUGAAAAGAGGAGUGAUCUAUUUCCAUGGCGGAGGCUGGGCGCUCGCCAGCGGGAAAAUGCGCUCCUACGACCUGCUUUGUCGGAAAAUGGCGGAAGAUCUGGACGCUGUCAUCAUGUCUGUGGAUUACCGUCUCGCUCCUGAGGCGGUGUUCCCGAGUCAGUACCACGAUGCUCUGGCAGCGUCGCGGGCCUUCCUGUCAUUGGAGGUUUUACAGCGACACAGCAUCGAUCCGGAAAGAGUCUGUGUGUCAGGAGACAGUGCCGGAGGAAACCUGGCUGCUGCCGUGGCUCAGCAGCUGGGCUCUGACGACUCCACGACYGUAAAGUUUAAGGCCCAGGCGUUGAUCUACCCGGUACUGCAGGCGCUCGACUUCUACACCCCGUCCUACCAGCAGAACCAGGCCAUGCCCUUCCUCUACAGGCCUUACAUGGCUCGUUUCUGGCUUCAGUACCUGGGCGCUGACUCCUCCCUGGUGCCCGUCCUGCUGGCCAACAACCACAGCUCUCUGGACCAGCCCGAUAUCAGCUCUGCGACCCGCUCCAAGCUGAACUGGACUGCUUUGCUGCCGGCAGAGCGCAGGGAGCAUUUCAGGCCGGUGGUUAAAGCAAGGGGAUCGCCUGGCACGGUGAGGAACGUGCCGGGGCUGAUGGACGUGAGGGCGGCGCCGCUGCUGGCGGAGCAGGAGGUUCUGGGCAAGACGCCCAAAGCGUACGUGGUGACAUGCGAGUUUGACGUUUUGAGGGACGACGGGUUGAUGUACGCCAGGCGCCUUCGGGACGCCGGCGUCGACGUGACCAAUGACCACCAUGAGGACGGCUUCCACGGCUGCAUGGUGUUCGCAAACCUGCCGAUGAUGUCGAGCGUCGGACAGAGGAGCAAGGACAGCUACAUCCGCUGGUUGGACCAGAACCUGUAGAUCAGGACCAGUUUGGGAAAUCUGUGGCGAUCCUUCAGAGAGGAAAGAUUUUAAAACUGAACUCUUGAGGAAAAAACAAACAAACCUUAGACUGCCUCAGAAUGGAGCCAGUGUUUCAGAGCUGCUUUCGAAAAUCACUGGACUUCAAUGUUUUUAUUCAAAUCAAGCAAAACAGCCUCCUCAGCUAACUGUAACCAAAGAAUAGCAUUUAAUCAGAGCUAUAUUUAUAACCUAAUUAUUCACAUGAGACCUAAUGGAACCCCCCUAAAAAUAAUGUACAAAAUUAAUCUAAUUUCACAAUGGAUUUAAAACUUUUAAACUCAAAAUGAGAGUGCGCGAUGAAGCAAAAUCUAUAAAAAACAGUGGAUGUGUGUGUGUGUGUGUGUGUGUGUGUGUGUGUGUGUGUGUGUGUGUGCUGUAGCGAAAGUAUGUCAGAGUUCACAGCUGUGUAUACCCAGGAUUGUGCAAUACUGUGUGUUAAAGUGUCCCUCUGUCUCUGGAACACUGUACUGCAGGGCCAGUGCAAUGAAUACGAUGAUGAUAGCUGUGAAAUCCACUCGAGCGAUUUACUGAACCGCCACGAGAGCAGACCCCAGGUGGGAGAUCACUUUCCCCCGUCCUCAGAAACUCAUAAAACGAAGCGAUGGCUGUGAGCGGCUGACAGGCUCGGGUUUGAAUUACAGCCAGAAGCAGAAACACUGACCCUUAGUGGUGGUCGCCAGGGCUCCACUCGUCAAGGGAAUACAAAUAUUUCAAGUGCAAUAUGAACUUUCAGGAAUAAUCUCCUUUAUUCCUGACGGUUUGGUCCUUCAACAUGGGUUUCUUCACAAACAGCAGAAAUCUGGAGCGGCGUUUGCAGUUCUACAUGUGAAACGAUGCGUUUUAUUGUCGAAUACUGUAAAAAAUCGAAUCGUGAAUGAGCUGUGUUACGCCACAGGUCGUUUCAGAUGAGCAGAUAUGUAAGAAUGAACUCGUGCAGUAGAUGUUUUUAUUCCUCCACAGUGAGGGGGAGCAGGGUGGUGAUUGUUUUCUGUUUUAUUUUUAUUUUUUUUGGUUUGUGUCUUUGUUUAUUCCUGUAAUAUGUUUCACAGGUUUAAAAAAAUGCUGUUUGUGUCACUUAUGUGUUUUUGGUUUUACAUUUAUUUCACAAACAUCUGUCUAAAAGCUUCAGAGUARAUGUUAUUAAAACACUGACAUUCCAUUUGUUGUGAGAAUUUAGGUAAAAUACCUUUUAUUCAUCUUUUUGUUUUCUAUUCUGCUACAAUGUUUGAAUUUUUAUUGUCACUUUUUAUGAACAUGUAAAACAUUUACUUUUAGAGAAGUAAUUAAUUAUUACCUUGUCAUAGAAAAUGUUUUUGUAAUAUAUACAAAUAUUAAAGUCACCAUUUUUUAUUCCCUUACAAAAGGUUACUCAUGGAAAAAAAGAUAUUUAGGUAAUAUGUUUACCAAUUUCUUUUUCUUUGACAUUAAAAAAGACAAAAUAAAAGCCUGUSCUCAGU